UUCUUUUUUUUUUAUUCAGUAAAUAAAAGGCUCCAGCGCAUUGCAAAGUGCAGCACAAUCCGACAUGUUAUUGAAACACAAAGACAAUAGCUGGCCAGCAAGGAAAAUAAUUGACAGCCCAUGGUGAAAUCAGUCUCGACAGCAGCUUUAGUCCUCCAUGCAGCAGGCCAUCAUCAGCGUGUGGGUCCGAGACCCACGCAUCCAGAAUAAUGACUUCUGGCAUGCAUACCUGGACUAUGAAGUGUGCUUGCACACGGACAGUGUGUUCUUUACUAGGAAGACUUCAAGAGUGCGAAGGAGGUUCAGUGAGUUUGUGUGGCUCAGACAAAGGCUGCAAGCAAACUCCAUGCUGAUGGCGCAACUGCCAGACCUGCCACCCAAGAACCCUUUCUUCAGUCUGAACAAUGCCCAGCAGAUCUCAGAGCGCAUUGCGGGCCUCCAGAAGUUCUUGGAACAGAUCCUGCAGAGUCCUCUGCUGCUGUCUGACAGCUGCCUGCACCUUUUCCUGCAGUCCCAGCUCAGCGUGGCCAAGAUGGAGGAGUGUGCGGCAGGAAGGACACAUUACUCUGUGGCCCAGGCGGUCCAGUGCUGCGGAAUCAGGAGGUUUCUAUCACAAGAGGACUUGCAGAAGGACUUGAGUAUGUCGGGCGACUCCGACUCAGACAGCUCAGAGUGCAGAGAUGUGGAAGGCCAGACAAACAAAGCAUCAUCAGAUCUCAUGGAAACCAAGCAGGAGCCAUGUGUCUGCCCUUCAUCAGUUUCUCCGUGACAGCGUCCUCAUCACUUGUGGAAAUAUAUACUGGAUGUAAUUAGGACACAAUAACUGUUACCCUGUGCACUUGUACAGUUUUUUUUUUGUAAGUGGUAAUGUUGUCAUUCUUGAGUAAAGAACAUAAUAUUUGA